AUGGAUUCCCAGGAAGGGUAUCGUCAGCGACGAAUGCUCCAAAAUCGUCUGGCCCAGCGCCGAUUUCGGGAGCGUACCCGAGCCGCAAAAAGCGAUCGUUCACAGGGCGAGAUCGAGGGUAUCACUCAUUACGACCACUAUCCUCAGCUCCACCAUAGCCCGGGUGCAUCAAGCCCUAAUCACCUGCGCGGCGAUAGCAACAACGACAGCAGCAGCAGCAACAGCAACAGCAACAGCAACAGCAACAGCAAUUUCCUCUCAGAGCCUCCUCCUCCUCCACCCUUGAAGCUCCACAGCGACGGCGAUGCAGAACUCUGCUCAUGCUGGAGCAGGAGGAGUGCUGCUGCCGCAUCAUCGCUACUGGAAGCGAAGAAGAGCUCCCCUGGAUUACCCUGUGAUCGUGGAUAUCAUCAUCACCUGCCGCAGGUGAACGAAGAAGUCAUCCAGCUCUCGAAUUUCCUCUUUCCUGCCGCAACAAACCAGGACGACGACAACAACAACAACAAUAACGACAACAACAAUGACACCCCUUUAAGUUUACACAUACAUCAUGGCCAGCUACUGCAGGCCGAACACGCACUCGCAAUUGUCCAGAAACAGCGGGACCGACUCGGCGCGCAGGGCAGGGCACUCCUCCGACAGCUUUCCGAGGUGUAUGCGAUCGGGGUCUCCCUGGAUAUCUUCAUUGCGAGCGAGGCGUUUCAGGUUCAUCUGCUGGGGGCGGAGAGGGCUUUUGCUGCGCUAAGUGAGUGA